AUGAAAAUAACACUAUUUUUAGUUUUUCAGUCUUACCAAUAUAAAGACGGAAAAAAAAUAAAUUUAUCUAAUUUAGCUUGUAAAACGUUAAUAUAUAAUAACUGUCAAUAUAAAAAUAAUAAUAGAUUAUUAUUAUUAUGUGAUAAUAUUAAAAUACAUUUAAUAAAAAGAUCAAAAACAACUCAUAAAACUUUAAGUGAAGUCAGACAAAAUACUAAAAAACCUAAAAGUCCUUAUAGAAAUUUAUUAUUGAUUGUACCAAUUUCAACGUUUCUUCUUGGUACAUGGCAAUUGCAAAGACGUCAAUGGAAAUUAAAAUUAAUAGAAGAUUUAGAAAGACAAAUAACUGCAGAUCCUAUUGAUUUAAUAGAAAAUGUAAAUCAAUUGGAUACUUUGGAAUAUCGUACUGUCAAAGUAAAAGGCCAAUAUUUAUAUGAAAAAGAAUUCCUUAUUGGACCUAGAGCUGCAAUUUAUCACAAUAAUAAUACAGACGUGGGCAAUUUAUUUGGUACAAGAAAUACCAAUGGAUGGAAUGUUAUAACACCAUUUAAGGUAGAAAAUCAAGAUUUAACAAUUUUAAUCAAUCGUGGUUGGAUACCUGAAAAAUCAAAAAGAUUACCACGUAGUCAAAUUGAAGGUAUCGUUGAAAUUAAUGGCGUUGUAAGAAAACAAGAAAAUCGACCACCAUUUAAUACUUCAAAUAUUCCAGAAAAAGGUUUAUGGUAUUACAGGGAUAUCAAAACUAUGGCUAAGGUAGCUGGUACUUCACCAAUAUUUUUAGAUUUAUGGUCUAAGGUAGAUCCACCUGAUGGUCCUAUUAGUUGUCAGACAACAGUUUCAAUAAGAAAUGAACAUUUUUCUUAUAUGAUUACUUGGUACACAUUAUCAUUAUGUACUUUAGCUAUGUGGUACAAAGGUUCUAAGAAAAUGGUACCAAUUUCUUUUUAAAAUUAACACAACAUUGAAAGGUAUUGAAUAAUAGUAUAUAAUCUGUAUAUAAAUAAAAAAAAUAAAUCUAAUUAACGUAGUAUUCUUUUGUUUAUCAUAGGAUAACUGUUUAUAAUAAAAUCAAACUUUUUUGUUCUAUUUUACAGUGUCCAUCUUCUUCGUAUGAUAUAAGCUUUCACUUUGUAUUAUAAUAAUAAGAUAUUAUAAAAUUUUAUUAGGUGAGUUGAUAUAUAUAUAUGUAAUUGUAUACUUUUGUAUUAUAAUUUAUAUAUAUAUAUAUAAUAGUAUGGGGUAUAUAUAAUUCAUUAGAUAAUUAAUUUAACAAAAUAUUUCUUUUCAUCAUCUCUCUUAAUUCUAAUUAAUCAAAUAAAUUAUUCAUCUAACUUAUUAAUCAUAGAUUUAUUUAUUUAUUUAUUUAAUAACGCAACAGGUAUGUUAUUCCCAUUUUUUAGGAAGGAUAUUAAUUGCUCCCAGAAACUUCAUUUCUUUGUAUUAUAACAACAACAACAACAGCGA